AUGGCUUCUUUUAAAGUGCUAAGAAAUGGAGAAAACUCUCAAGUGCAGGUUAAUACGUCACAGUUCACUUGGCUUUUUGAUUGUCACUCCUCAAUUUAUGGUAAAAAUUUUAGAUUUGCAUCUUUUAAGGAUCCUCAUAAGCCUUUAAAGUUCGUGGUUAGGUGCCUUGAUGAUAUUGACUCUGUGUUUAUUACAAACUCAAAAUCUAUUGGUGCAAUGUUUUUAAAAAAUACAAAAAUAUACUUAACAAGGCCUGUUUUUGAGCAAAUACUGUUAAGAUAUGAGCAGUUGAAAAGUUUGACAGUUUCGUAUGAUGGCAUGAAUGAAGAAGAAAUUAUUGAAAAAUUUUUUAGUUCAGAUUUUAAUACGCCGUUAAAAUAUAUAAAAAGCGAUGAAAAGCACGCUGAUGAUCACAUAGCUUUGGAUCAAAAAAUUAUCGAUUCCGUUAGAUACAAAAUUGUACAAAUGGAUGAUAUUGACUUAGAAGAAUUUAAAAACAACGUUAUUUUUAUCAAAUAUAAUCAGAUUGUUGAGUUUGAUGAUUAUGUAUUACAAUCUGUGCCUUGCGGCACUUUCUUGGGCUGGUGUAAUUAUCAAAUUAUAUUUCCAAACACUAAAAGUAUACUUAUUUUAACUUCAUACUCCCAUAAAAGAAGGUUCUCAAUUGAAGCUGCUCCAAUCAAAGCUGACUAUUUAAUAAUCAACAGAGAAUAUGGCGAUGAUUUUGGUCCUAUUGAACUAUUUUCAAAGUAUAUUAGAGAAUACGCCUUAAGAGCUUCUUCAAGUAUCAAGCCAUUAGCUAUGCCUGUUGAUCUUCCUACAUUUUUUAUUGAAGUGCUUGUGCACGUUCUUUCAGUUAUUGAUCAAACUGGUGUUCCCAUUACUAUUGUUUCUGAAUUUUUUACAAAACUUGAUCUUCUAUUAAACGUUCAUAGCGAAUGGCUAAAUAAUGACUUCUUUAGUAUUGCAGAGCCCUUUCCUGUGAGAAAAUAUUGUAAUUUAAGAGUUGUAGAGAGUUUAAAAGAGGUAGAAAUGCAUAAGAAUUUUGUAUUCUUUUGUAUUGAACAAUAUGAAAUGGUAAAAGAUUCUAUUUCGGAUAAUUUUGAAAUUGUAUUGAUUAAUAAUUCGAAAGCUGGAUUACAAGCAUUAGAGAAUGUAAAGCAUGUAAGCAAUUCUUACAAAAUACCUAAAAAUGAAAAACAUCAAUUUGAAUGUCUUCCGGGGGUUGGAUUGUCAAAUGAUAAUGCCGCACUGACUAAAGAAGCAUAUGCUUCAUUUAAAAGCUUUAAUUUCAAAAUAGAAUCAACAGAUCAUGAAAUUUUGUUGGGUUAUCAGGGUUGUUUUGUAAAAGAUCAGUAUUUUUUUGUUGAGAGCGAGAACUCAAAGGAUUACAUUAUGGUAGAUUCUUUACUGCCCAUUAUAAAUGAACUCCGUAGUUUUCUGUGGUGA